ACCAAAAAUGUCAAAUCAGUUUUACACAAAUGGCAAAUGCAAAAACACCAUGCACAUCGUGACAUCGACACAUUGCAGCAGGCAACAUAGUAUCUUAAAAGGUUAUGACAGAGGUCAGUAAAAUGCAGGGCUCGAGUCUCCCCACUGGCUUUGGCUGCUGUCAUAAGCAUACAGUUCUGCGGGAAAGACUGCUGAAAUUUUCGAGGCUGGUCAUAGUUGGAAUCAUUCCAGGAGAACCAGAGUCAGUUUUUAUCCUGGUUUUGCUCCAACGUCUAACUUCACUUCAUGCCUAUAAAUACACCCUCACUCACAACACACACCAAAGCUUACUUCCCUCCGCCUCUUUUCUUCUCUUAAGCUUCUCUGCUGGGUUUUUCUUCUUUCUUUUUCUUCUCUGCCUCACUCACAACACACACCAAACAUGGACUGCUCAUUCAGCUUGUGAAGAAGUGAGCAGGCUGGAGACUAUGGCGCAGAAGGCAGGCUCAGGUUUAGACAUUUACAGACGGUUCAAGCCACAUCUCCUCAUGGUACUUGCUCAGAUAGGCUAUACUUUCCUCUAUAUUAUCACUGAAGCUUGCUUUAAUCAUGGGAUGAAUCCUCAUGUCCACAUAACAUAUCGACACAUUGUAGCUGGCAUUGUGAUGUUCCCCUUUGCCUAUUUCCUUGAAAGAAAAACAAGGCCAAAGCUGACAUUCGCCCUUUUUAUCGAGAUAUUUGUUCUCUCCAUCCUUGGGGUGAGUUUGACUCUCAACAUGUAUUUUGCAAGCUUGAGAUAUACCUCUCCAACUUUCCUUGCAGCAAUUGUCAACACUAUAGCUUCUUUGACAUUCAUAAUUGCAGUUGUGCUCAGAUUGGAGGUUGUUGAUCUUCGGAAUCCUCGAGGAAUAGCCAAAGGUCUUGGGACCUGUGUCUCCUUGGUUGGUGUAACGACGAUGACAUUGUACAAGGGUCCUGCCAUAAAAAAUCUAUGGCAUCCUAUAAUCCAUAUUCAAGGAAAAUCCGUCAUCCAUGAGAAUUGGGUGAAGGGUUCAAUUCUUACUGUUGCAAGCUGCAUAACUUGGUCUAUAUGGUACAUCAUGCAGGCAUUUACAUUGAAACGAUAUCCAGCACCACUGUCACUAACAACUUGGAUGAGCUUCGUUGGGGCAGCACAAUCAGCCGUCUUCACAGUCAUUGUGCAGCAUAAACCAGCUGCUUGGACAAUUGGAUUCAAUAUUGAUUUCUGGGCUACUUUAUAUGCUGGAGUGGUGUGUUCUGGUUUAAUAAUCUUCAUUCAACUGUGGUGCACGGAAGAGAAAGGGCCAGUUUUUGUGACUAUGUUCAAUCCCCUUUCAACAAUACUGGUGGCAGUCCUGGCAUACUUUGUCCUUGGUGAAAAGCUUUACACGGGCAGCAUUUUAGGGGGAGUAAUUGUCAUUGUUGGCCUGUAUUUGCUGCUGUGGGGCAAAGAUCGUGAUCAGGAAGCUCGACUUGGAAGAGAAGAGCAAUCUUACUCGGUUAAUGACCAGGAAAAUGACCCUAAAGAACAGAAAAGCUUUUCAGCUGAAAGGGAAGGAUCGCAAUGCGAACCUUGAAGAGCAAAAGAGGAACACCAUAAUGUAAUAAAUUAAUAAUGAUAAAUCCAGGAAAAAAAUAAACAUUUAAAAGAUGGGAGAAGAUCAGGGCAAAGGAGCAAUUUCGUUUCCUGGCUUUUGACAAUGUAAAUACGUAUCUGCAUACUAAUUUAUGAUCUUAUUAGAAAGAACGACGGAACAGUGUUUGUUUCCCUGCAGAGAUUCACAGUGCCAGCUUGCUUCGUCCAAAGUUCAACUUCAAGCAUGGAAUUCCCUGUUACUUCCUUAUCCCUUCCCUUUUUAUUCCUCCUUUUCUGGUAAAAAUACAAAAAUCUCGUAGAAGUUGUUAUCA